UCGACAACAAUGGAAAGGAAAACAGUUAUUAGUAACGAUGGAAUUGACUUUUUCGAGAGAACCCAUUGGUUAUUGUGUGAUUAAGAAAUGUUUAAACUUGCCAUUCUAUUCAUAUUGAUGAUUCGAAUCGAAACAAUCCAAAUGACGACCAAUUCAACAGAAAAAGAUAAAAUCUGCGAGAGUUUGCAGCGCAGUGAUGGCAGCAAAUUCAAUAUACUGGCAGUUGGCAAAACAAAAAAACGAUUACUAUUGAUAACGGCCGAUUUUUAUGUUUAUGAUGUACCACUGGAUUCAAUGAAUUCGACCAUAGAUAAAUUAUAUCUUGGCAGUAAACCCUUGCAUAUGGAGCAAAAAUAUCCCGUUCUUUACCACAGUCCAUCGUUUCAAAGAAUUAAACAUCUCAUCUUCAAUGCAUGGAUCAUGACUGAUCCGGAUAGUGAUUGGAUUUGCAUUACUGUUAGAACUUCUUCUUUGGAAAACGGAGUUAAUUAUGAUAUCGACCAUUCACAACCAAUACCGGGAUGGUCAUUUGAUGGAAGCUUAACUACAUCGCAAGUAUUAAUUUCAACCAGCCAACCAUGCCAAUACUAUUCAUUAACUACAACCGAUUAUCAUCAAAGUCUCCAAAUUAAUCGCUUUCAAUGUGUUGAAAGUGACCGUGUACGUGAAACACCCAAGAUAUCUCCCAUUAAUGCUGACGCAAUCAUAUGUUAUGAUCAAACCAAAACCAAGAUUACCGUAGAAAUGAUACCAUGGGGGCAGCAAGCAAAAUGUCGUUCGGGAAUUCCGGUGACAUGGCCAGUGUUGAAAGGAUUUGUGAGUGCGGGCAAAUUCUAUCUAUUCGGUGAAUCACAUAUCUACAUAUUCGAUGAGAAUGUUUAUAAUGAACCAGGACAGUCAUAUCCAGUGGAAAAACAUAGUUAUGAUUCCUUCUUCAAUUGUCCGGGCAUUAUUCCAUCAAGUAAUGUUGUUUUCAAAUCAUAUUUUUAUUGGAUAAUUGGUGCAAUCAUAGUGUUAUUGGCCAUAUUAUCCAUCCUGAUAUGGUGUAUAUUGAGCAUUCGCCGUCGUCGACGAACUCGAACAUCAUUGAAACGUGUAAAAUCGGGACGUUCAAAAGUAAUGAGCAAACAGAAUUUAUCGAAAUUGUCCUCAACUAUUGUCACUAAAAGAAGUGCUAAAAGUGUGGCUUCCAGAAUGAAAAGUCGAUUUGUAAGGAAGGUUGGAAGUCGAUCAGCAUUAUCCCAGGGAUCAGGAAACGUAACCGUUCGUUCUGGUGUGGGUAGCAAAGCGGUCAGUAAUAUGAAUAGAAAGACUACUGUCAGUCGAUUGAAACGUUCAUCCACACGAAUUCAAAGCAAUAGUAGCAGAUUUAUUUGAAAUUGUAAUGAAAUUUUAUAACAAUUUUAUCAACCAUAAACAAUUUAUGUCCUCAUCAUUU